GGCAAAAGACAGAUGCCCGUUUCAGACAUUAGCGAAACAGCAGUUAUAAAGAGAGAAUAAUACACAAUGCUUUUGUUAGCUCUAUAUAUGUACUUGCCUUAUCGAUCUUGCUAUUGCAAUUUCGUCUCCUUGCUAUUACUGCUCAUCACUCACCUCAAACGUACUACUCUCAAGUCUCAACCGAGCGCUAGCGAUGGUCCUCCCCCAUUCGUCCUAGCUCCUCCCAUUUCUGGACAGAAUCGCCGCCGCCGCCGCCUCCAAUUUUAGCAAAGCCUUGCUCGAUUGGCCAGGGACUGACAAGAGGGUGCUGAUAGUUUUUUUCCUCUCUUUCUUUUUUGAAUCAGAGCUCACAUGCAGUUUAUUUACCACUAGUCCACUACUACUAGUAGUAUAGACAGCUACUAGGCUGGGCAGUGGUACUUGGAAUAGCUGGUGGCAGCAAGUACAAUUGCAUUUGAAUGGAGCAUGAGCCAUCGCCGGCGGCAGUGGUGGACCUAUCGCUGGCCCUGGCGCCGGCGGGAUCCCGCGAGGAGUUGGACGAGGUGGCGGCGCCGACAGCGCGCGUGGGCGGGAAGGAGGUACGGCUGUUCCCGUGCCUCUUCUGCAACAAGAAAUUCCUCAAGUCACAGGCGCUGGGCGGGCACCAGAACGCGCACAAGAAGGAGCGCGCCUCCGGCUGGAACCCCUACGUCUACGGCCACCACUAUGCCGCGGCGCCGACAGAGGCCCCCGGCGGCGGUGCCGCUGCCAUGUCCCUCCUGAUGACCUCGCACGGCGGCGGCACGCUCGAGAGGCUGGACGACGGCAGGCCGCUCUUCGCGGGGCACGUGCUGCUCCCGGAGGCGGCUGACCCAUCCGCCCGGCGCGACGACACGGUUUGCAUGCUCAACUGGAGAAACAUCUCCUGCGCCUCUGCUCCGCUGGAGAGCAGCAACACUAACAACGAUCCCUCCGGCGCCGGCGAGGGGCUGGACCUCGAGCUGCGACUCUAGAUCCAGGACCUCCUUCCUUGGGGAAAGACCGAAAGAGCCUGACAUGCAUCUUAUGAUUUAUGAAUUGAAUUGCAUGCGGGUCAUCAGAUUCAUCACUCAUCAUUCAUCUUGGCUCGAUGUCUCGCUUUAUCCUGCUCUAAUAUCUCUCUAGUUUGCCCCUGAUUAAGCAUGACAUGGAUGGUUGUUAUUUGCUUUAAGGAUAAUUUGAUUGUGAAUGCAUGCAUGUGGAAUUAAUUGUUUGUUGGUCGCGGAUCCAGACUAAAUAUUUAGAGGAUCUAUUCUUCUUUCUUUUAAAACUUUUCUUUUUUGUCCUCUUC